AUUUCAUGUAUCUGUUGUUAGGUUGAAUGCAUUUAAUAAGGUGAGCAUAUUUAGGUUUAACGUGUCUGUAGCAUCCGAUUGGAAUUGAAAAAUUCACUUACAGAACCAUCCCCUUCCCAAUCCCUAUCCUAUCUGCUUUAUUGGUUGUAGUGAUAGCAGUUUGUUAUAUUCUUAUUACUAUAAUUUUUUAAUAGCUAACACAAUUGGCGAGUUUCCUUUUAUUAUUACCGGCUUUUACUUUAGGGGGUUCUGGUGGUGGGAUUGCUUAUAAUAAACAAGAAUUUGAGGCAAUUUGCAAGUCUAGGCUGGCAGCCAGCGUGACAUCACAGGUUUAAGUGGAUAAAUCUUUGUUAGGUUGGAAAGAAUAUGAGCUUAAGGUUAUGAGGGAUUUGGCUGACAAUGUGGUUAUUAUAUGUUCUAUUGAGAACAUUGAUCCAAUGGGUGUUCAUACUGGGGAUUCAAUCACAGUUGCUCCUGCACAAACUUUGACCGAUAAGGAGUACCAACGGCUUCGUGAUUACUCUAUAGCUAUUAUAAGGGAAAUUGGAGUUGAAUGUGGUGGUUCUAAUGUACAAUUUGCUGUGAAUCCUGUGGAUCGUGAGGUUAUGGUUAUUGAAAUGAAUCCUAGAGUUUCAAGAUACCCAGGUUUGCAUUUGAGAAAUUCCCAGGAUCUCAACCGGUGUUGACAACCCAGAUGAAAUCUGUUCGUGAAUCCAUGGCAGUAGGGUGCACGU